AUGGAAAUUAGCUGCUCUGGUAAAUUUAAUAACUUAGAUGAUCUCAUGGAGCAUGAAGAGAAAGAACACUUAUUACUAAAACUGUUUUAUUGUGAGGAAUGCUCAAUGAGAUUUACUUGCAAAAAAUAUUUAGAUUGUCACUUGAUGACUCACAUUUCUAGUCCAGUUAUGUGCAUUUGUUGUGACAAUAAUAUAGACUAUGUUGAUGAUCAAAAAGCACAUUUUGAGCUGCACUGCAGAAUAUCAACGCCUUGCAGAAGGGAAAAUUGCUGGAAAAGGUUUAUAGUACCACUAGAUUUCAUGAAGCGUAGAAAUGAUUUACAUCAACGUCACAUCACUAAUGAAGAAGAGAAAGCUUUUGUCAGGCAUUGCAUGAAACAGAGAGCCGUGGAAGAAGGUUUAGAAUAUAUGAAUAAUAAAAUUGCAAAGCGUAAAGUAAGAAGAACAUCUUCUGAAUCAAGUGUUGACAUGGAAUGCUACAGAACAUUCACACAACUUCUGAAGGAUAUGCACGAUGCAGGAACACAUUUGAAUUUGACAAAGACACUACGUUCUGAUUAUUAUCCAGAUGUCACAAAUAAAACUAUGACAAUGCCAAUAUCUUCUCAAGAAUUAACCGGAGAUAACACUCAAGGCAGUAUAAAUGAUCUAGGACUAGGUGGAGUUUGUGAUACUAUCAUGAACGGUGAUUUGGAUGUUUAUCAUUUAAAAGUCAUACCAACGCCUAGUGAGGCAUCAGGGAAUGAAGUCUCGAGUUCAGCUGGUGAACCAACGGAAUCAGAAGUGGACCAAAUGUCUUCAAUAACUUCACCACAUAGGAGGAAAAAAAGAAAAAUUAAAAUCAAUUUAUCAGCUAAAAGGAGUCGUAGUAAACAUGUGGUUCAUUUAGAAUAUCAUGAAAGAGACUUAUCACAUUUUAGAUUACCUAGCUAUUCAGAUAUAAAAAGUUCUGAUUCGGAAAUAAAUGACAAUUUAACAAAUGAUGAUCAAGCUAAGCCCUGGAGAAUUUGUUUGUAA